AUGGAGUACAUGGGAAGCAAUAUAACAUACAACAAAGACAUAUACAGUGAGUUUAAGUACUAUUGUGAACAGCAUGAGAUUGAAGUAAUGAGUAAAGGAGACUUUGAAACGCUUAUGAAAGACAGUAAGGAGGUCAUACAUGAGAACAGUGUUGAAAUAGUUCAUGAGAACAGUGAGGAGGUCGUUCAUGAAUGCAGUGAUGAAAUAGUUCACGAUGUCGUUCGUGAAGAAGCCAUUGCAACAAAGAAUGUUAUAAAGGAUUUCAUAGAACUUACAAGGAGGAGUUUAAAGAAGGCUAUGAAUGAAAAGAUGUGA